GUGAAAAUCGGUCGUUCCACAAAGAGUUCGUUUUCCCGGCUGGCUCGGUUGACUCUCUAGUACCAAAGAGGAUUAAUUCAUUUAGCAAAUAGUAAUAGCAACAGUAGCAGCAGCAGCAGACCAAAGUGUGUUGUGCUGGGAAGGAAAGUGGGAGGAGAUUUUUCACCCUCCUACACCAGUUCCCGUUUCUUGGAUAGGCACUUGAAGCCCCCGGUGCAGUGCAGUGUAGUGCUGGCGCGAGGUGGUGUUGGUGUUGAUCGGAAGUUUAUUCUUGAAGGAUAUCACUGAGGUGACACUGGAACACGGUAGUGUUUUGGAAUGAGAUGCUUACCUCUGUUGAGAGGAGCUGCAAGUGGCAAAGGGGAAAAAAAUGACGGUGACUAAUUAUAUUCGUCUGCUUUGGCUGUAGUACAUGUCCAGUGAGGUAAUUCUGCGGUGGUGCAGGAAGGAAAGCAAUAACUUAAAGCUGGAUUUUCAUUCCUUGGAAUGGCUCGGUCAGGAUUUGUGGGUGGUGGGUGCAAGUGAGCAGCACGGUUCAAAAUUAAGUUUCGCUUGAUUGUGGCGUACUACUACGGGUUCACGGGAACCGCAAUUCAUUGCUGUAAACUUAAUGGGGGCAAAUGCGCUCAUAGCAGGGUAAUUUUUACGGUGGAUUUAACGAUGAUAAUGAUGUUUUCCUGAAGCUGUUGCUGGCUCCAAAAGAGAAGAAGAUUUCCGUGAACGUGCAGUGAAAUUGUCGGUGCGCUCUUCUGCAGUGUCUCUGUUGUUGUGAGCCCCAAUGUCUACGAAGUGAACAAGUGUAUGUGGCGGAAUUCAUCCUGGAGAAGGAUACAUCAAAGUGAAAUAUACUUCGGUCUACCGUUCUUAUGACGGCAGUAGGAUAGCGGCUUCGCUUGCGAGUGAAACCAUUGCCGCUGGAAAAUAAGACAUACUCGUAAAAACACUGGAUGCUAACAUACUUUUUUCGGAGUCACUGGAACUACCCGCUGCCGUCCUGUCCUGGUGAUUGCGUGUGCUGACUGUGACCCGAUUUGUUGAAACAUUUCCACCUGACGAUCUCGAUUUUCAAGCUCGUAAAAAGCAGCUACCGAGACAGUUACGGCUGCAAUUAUAAUUAAAAUUUUCAACAACACACGAAGAAGCGGAAAACGAAAAGUUUAGUGCUCACCUCCGAAAGGGAUAAAGAAGCAAUUAAAAAUUUCCUCGGAAAAUUAAAUCCUCGACAGCAGUGGCUGUUGGUGCUGGUGGUGGUGGUGGUGACAGUCGAAGAACCCGUAAGGUUUGUUUUUUCUCGGGAAAAAUUUGCUUUCUUGGAAAACGUUGCGUGCGUGUUGUGAAACGGUUACCAGGCUGCUUUGAGUGUUGCGUAAAAGGAAUAGUUCUGUUAUAGUUGUACACGGCAGUGAAGUAAACUGUUGAGAAUUUUCUACGAUGGGAUAAGAAAGCUGAACCUCCUGUUACUGUUCCGGAGACGUGUGGCACAAAGAGCUCAUCAACCCUUAUCAGCCUGAAUGCACCGCCGAUCAGAGUGAGAGAGAGAGAUAGGACAGCAUCGAUGUGUGUGUUUGGCCACAUGAAGCAACAGAAUUUGUGAACUUAAUUUUCCACCUAAACUUACCCUUCUGUAUGGGGUGCAGUGCUUGUAAUAGACACAGCUUAGAGCAAGUUUUACACAGAACCGAAACAAGUAUUAAACAAACAUCAUUAAAAUUUUGUCUUACAUGCGUACAUCAGCUUCAAUCGUGAACGAACUGACAUUCACCGGCUCCGUUGAACGAGGCAAGCCAAAAUAAAACAUAAACGUAAUAUUCUUAGGCAAACAACACUUGAAUCACCCGGCCAAAGGCGGCGCAGAUGUGUGUGAGAGAGUCUGGCAAAGGUGGAAAAGUCAUAUUUUCCGGAAGCUUUCCCAAAGUGGAAGAGCACUUGGAAAAUUCGGCAUGUGAAAAUAGAAGCCGAUGGUAGAUUCACCAGAAGAAUGGCAAAGAAGUCAUGAAUAAAUGAUUUUAAUGAAAAAUAAACAACAGUGAAUACAACGCGGAGGGGCAAAAAUAAGACCCGGUCUCUCCACUGGAUGGUGAGAACAGGAAACAAGGAAGAAUUAUUCCGGGAUAAAUAAAUUUCGACAAUGUAUUUGCGCGUCUCUGCUAAUUAGUGUCAGUGGCUGUAGUCUAAUGUUUGGUAAACACUGAGCGAUUGCUUUUUAUGUCGUAGUUCAAGUGGGGCGAAGCAACAGCCAUUUUAUGCGUUGAAGAAAGAGUGAAGCGUCAUUCUGAAGAAGAAAGUGAUUCGAAGAGAUUAGUGGUUCUUGGCUUAUCUGUGUUUGUUUUCUGAUCGCUUAAUUUACUGAAUAAGGAAUUCAUAGAAACUGAGUCAACAUGUGGCUGUUUGGAUUUUCAUUUAUCGUCAUCGUGGGUGCAGCGAUGUGCACAGAAGCCGACGUUUCUGUAGAAGCCGCUUUCCAAGAUGACUGCCACCACUGCGAAAAGCCGAGUGCAGGGCGCUGCGGUCAUGGCAGUCCUUGCGAGCAGCUCUGCUACGAACUGCACGAUGGCAUGUACGAGUGCGACUGCACGGAGGGAUUCGAGCUGAACAAGAAUGGAUACAGCUGUCAAGAAAUCAAUUCCACGUCAAGCGACGAUAAUGCGUCUGCCGUGGAAGAGGACGUUCUGUACCAGCGGGGUGCCUCGUUCAGCGCCAAGUUGGAUAUGUCCGAUUUGCACAUAUCGAUGAAAACCUUUGACGAUGACGACGACGGGGACGGCGAAGGCAGCAUGAAGCCGAUAAAUCUGAAUGCCCUCGACGGCACUCUGUCACUGAGGAAAGCUAAUCAUAAUUGGAAAACGAACAGCUCGAAAUUGGCAGCGGCAAACGCGUCCGGUAGUGGCCGCGGGCAAACCAAUUCCGUUAAUAGUAGCUAUAAUGGUGACCACAAGAGACCAAUCGGCGGACCGACGGGCAGUAGCGCUAGAAGUAAAAAUAGUGCUAGCGUUAGUAGCAGUAGCUCCAGGUCAGUUCAUAUGGAAAUCAACGGCGGCAGUUCAUUACAUAUGCAGGAUACCGACGAAAGCCAUCCAGACGAAAUAAAAGCUCUCGCGCUCACGGCAUUCGAAGAUGGGUUCGAUGGCAGAGCGGAGGCAGUAGCUACGGUUUCGCCACCUGCUGUGAGUGAGGAAGUGACGGGAACGUCAAGUUCGUCUCCAGAAUCGACACCCGCUGUGACGAGGGAACCAUGUACGCUGGAUUGUGGUUACGAAGGAAUCUGCAGCAGCGGUGAAAGCGGACAACAGCAGCGAUGCCUCUGCCCUUUUGGCAAGAUUGGACUGCGCUGUGAAGAAGAUUCCCGAAUCAACACACCACGGUUCAACCAGCAUUCGUGGCUCGCUUUUCCGGCACUGCGGGGCGCCUACAAACACGUUCAGCUACACAUCGAAUUUCGUCCGGAGUCGUUUGAUGGUAUCCUGCUGCUGACGGGAGAACGGGAUGAUCUGACGGGGGAUUUCAUGGCACUGUUAAUACAUCAGGGAUUCGUGGAAUUCUGGUUCGACUGCGGAUCCGGAACGGGGCGGGUCCGUUCGGAGGAAACGAUUGUCCUGAAUCAGUGGAAUACCAUCACCAUCUAUCGUCAUCGUUGGGAUGCCUGGCUGGUGCUGAAUCAAGGAAACCGGGUGCAGGGACGCUCAAAGGGUCUCUUCUCACGGAUCACCUUUCGGGAGCCGGUGUUCCUCGGGGGAUUCGGCAACAUCACCGGACUGGACAAGAAGCUCCCCGUCAGCAAUGGUUUCACCGGGUGCAUUCGAAAGUUUGUGGCCAACGAGCACGACUACAACUUCCAACCGGUGCCGCUCGGUGACGUUUCCCGGGGAUUCGAUAUCCAGGAAUGUGUCACCGAUCGGUGCAGCCGGUAUCCCUGUCAGCACGGUGGCAAGUGUUUGCCCUCUGACGAUGGUGCAAUCUGUCUUUGUCCGCUGGGAUUCGGCGGUGAUUUAUGCGAGAUGAGACUGGAUUUACAGGUGCCUUCGUUCAAUGGAUCGUCUUACUUACGCUUUGCCCCGCUUGGUGACAGUUGCAUCAUCUGGUUUGAACUAAAGAUUAUAAUCAAGCCUCUGUUGGAGGAUGGACUGCUGCUAUACAGUGGCCACCAUGAGUACGGAGACUACAUUUCGCUGUGCCUCAACAUGGGCUACGUGGAGUUUACCUUCGAUCUUGGCAGCGGUCCAGCGACGGUGAGGAGUGAGUUCCCAUUGUCUAUGAGCCAGUGGCAUACGAUCAAAAUUUCAAGGACAUCAAGAUUGGCAGUAUUGAAGAUCGAUCAGCUGCCAGAAGUGAUGACGGUCUCACCGAAUGGAUUCUGGCAUCUCUCCCUACCGCACAGCUUGUAUCUGGGCGGAGUGCACAACAUCCACACGCUGCCGAUGAGCCUCAGGGAUAAAGGAUCCUUCGCCGGAUGUGUACAAAAGGUGGACAUCAACGACCGCACCAUAUCGAUUAUCUCGGAGGCGCUCGGUGGUUCGAACGUGGAAAACUGCCCGCACGCUUGCGUUGCCCGACCGUGUGGCCCCCUGGCCAAGUGUGUACCGAAUCUGGAUAGCUACGAGUGCCAGUGCAAUCCACAGAAUAAGCAGUGCAACCAGGCGGAAGAGCUGCCAUCGGAAGUGAUUGAACAGCGUCAGCGGGUGUUGAAGCUACAUCAGGUGCACCAUCAGGAGGAGGAUCUUCUGGAUGAGCAACAGGAAGACGAUGAGGACACGGUUACGAUGGCUUCUACUACCGUCGGUGUGGACGCUGGCGAAUUGGUGAAGGUGAUCACCGGCGACGGAGGCAGCGGAGGAGAUGAUUACUAUUAUUAUGAGUACGAUGAUGAGGACGAAGGUGUUGACCGAGGGGGCAAGGACUUGGCUAAUGAGGAUAGUGGUCGGGUGAAAGAUAAUGAAAAAAUAACCACUGGGGUGGAAAGGCAACCAGCGGAAGUCACCACGCAGACCAAUGAUGACGGUGAAGAUUACCAAGAUGGUGAGGGAAAGGGUCAAACUGUGGAUGAUAACACCAGCUCAAAUGGGGACGAUAACGACCAACAUUAUGAUGACACCGAUUAUAACGUCCAGGAUGACGAUGUUGAUGCUGACAACGACGACAACGAUGAUGAUGAUGAAUAUAAAUAUGAUGGCACUGGUUUACAAUCGUCUGUGAAGAAUGUGGAGCAUUUUUUAAACCGUCACAAUAUUCGACAAGCCAAGAAGCAGCAGGACAAAGCACGCCAGAAGCUCGUAGGUUAUGACCGAAAGAUAAAACUGCAAGGUGGCGGCAAAGAGCGGAAGAUCUCUACCACAAACCACGACGAUGAUGGCACUGGAAAGACCACAGAUGGUCCGCGAGAAGAAAGCGACAGUUACGGUGGCUCAGAAGAUGGAUAUAAUAAAGAUUAUGAUCACAACGGUGACAGAAUACCGUAUCGUCCCGAUUUGGCGAAAAAGGCGGAAAAUGAGCAACAGCAAAGGGUGAGGGCUCAUAGGAAGCAACCGGAACGGGACGCCGACAUUGAUGAAAUAUUAAUCGAAGAGAUGAAUAGAAUAAUGAAAAAUAAAGAUGAUGAUUUUGAAAGUGAUGACACAAACGAGGAUGGCACCGGUGGGUGGGGCUUUGAAAUGGAUGACGAAGAAAUAAGACACACGGGAACCCCAGUGGGUGGUAGCAUCGUUGACGGCCAGCAGAACGCAGUGGAUGAUGAUGAUGAUGAUAAGGAAAACGAUGUUGAUGGCAUUCGCGACGAGGCUGACGUUGAUGGAAAGGAAAACAACCGACGUCGUGAUAAAAAUACAAACUUUAGUAGGGGUGCAACUCAAAUAACAUCCAGCAGCAGCAGCAGCAGCAGCAGCAGUAGUAGUAGUAGUAGUAGGAGUAGAAGUAGGAGUAGGAGUAGCAGUAGCAGCAGUGGAAGUACAAACAACGACCGACAACGCCAGAGGCACUCGGACGAGGAGGACGACGUGUCCCGUAGUGUCAAGUACAAGAAUAAAUACUUCAGACGGUAUCAGGGAGCGUGCUUUACCGGCACGGAAAGCUUCUUUCAUUACAGCGAUGCGGAGACGAUGCGACGGGUGAUCAGCUACGAAAUUGAUCUGAACCUUCGGUUUAAAACGCACUCCACGAACGGUUUGAUACUGUGGACGGGGCGGCACAGUGCACUCGAGGGGGAUGAUUUCCUGUCGCUGGGAAUUGAAAAUGGCUAUCUCCAUCUGCGAUACAACCUGGGGUCAGGUGAGGUGAACAUCAAAUACAACUCGACCAAAAUCAGCGACGGGCUGUGGCAUCGUGUGAGAGCCUUGAGGAACUCCCAGGAUGGUACGCUGAAGGUGGACGGCGGAAAGCCUAUCUCGCGAAGGUCCCCGGGCAAGCUGAGACAGCUCAACACAGACACCGGACUGUAUGUCGGUGGACUACCGGCGGCAACAUUCUUCACCAGGCAACGGUACUCGUCCGGCAUCGUCGGUUGCAUCUCCGAGCUGAUACUGGCCGGUGAGCUGAGGCUGAAUUUCGAUUCGACGAUACUGGGCACGGCACACAACGUCGAACCGGGCGCCCCAUGAAGGUAGAUAUAGACGUCGGCGAUUGUCACAGCCGGGCAGCAGCACAUCGUGGCACCGCCGCCGCCGGUUGGUAACGCUACAACUAGAACAACUGCUACUAUUACUACUAGGAGUAACAACAAUUGAAAACGUCCAUCAGAGAGAGAGAGAGAGAGAGAGAGAAGGGAUCAGGUCCCCGGGGGUGUUGUGCUGUGCGGGUUGAAAGGGUUCGUGAUACGAAAGAGGAGAUCUGCUGAAAACUGAAUGAAAGCGAAGGGAACGGAGUUCGGGUGACAACGGUUGUUGAAUCGGGUGUAGGGCUUUGAAUGAGAGAGAAAGAGAAAAUAAGAGAGCAGACAGGUAAACUACGCAGAUACAUACACACCGAUUUAGACUAAAUGAAUUUUUUAUAUAAGAAUGAAAGUCUAGGGUAACAAUUUAAGUGUAAGAUUUAGGUACUGAUAUAAUGUAAUAUUAAUGUUAAAGAGCGAUCGUUUUAGGGUUAAGCAUCAACUCUCGGUGGUGUCGAUGAACUAUGGGAACCUGAUGGUUGAUAGGAAUGUGUGUAUGCAAAAACAAUCUAAAAUGAUUCACAAAGUAAAGGAAGGUAACAAAGAGUAACUUUAAAUUUUGCAUUAAAUUAGUUCGUAGCAUUUUAGUGAAAUUCUAAUCUUCAAUUCAUAUUUUUCAAAUCUUGUUGGUUUUCAAUCCACCGCAUGUUUGCAUUUUUCGUUUUCGUAGCAGCAGCAUUCAUGAAUCAGAUACCGCAGAGAUCGUUUGAUGAAGAUUUUGAGUGAUCUCCGCUGUUACGCACCAUAUUAUACUGGUAUUAUAGUAACACAGAUUUUACAUUAGAAUUGAAAAAUCGGAUUAAGGUGCGCUGACCAUAAUCAAGUUUGACUUUCAAAUUAUUUGACUACCUCGAUCUGAAAACUAUCGGGCGCUGCAUUCCAUAUCAGAGAGGGAGAGUUCUGUUUUCGGUCCAGCUGAGGAACACAUCCUGGGCAUAGCGACAUUUGACAUUAUUUGCCAGACAAUAUACCAUUCAAUGCAACGGUCUCCUACGAAAGCACUCAAAAAGACAGAACAAAUGGUAGCGUGGAUGAUAGUUGAUAACAGGCAGCUCAACAACGACGCAGAUCGUUUAGGGCCCAGAAAAGUAUUCGGUUUUUAACAACAGUGUUCAUUUGGAG